AUGGUGGAGAAGCAGCGAGCUCAGACGGAGGGGAAGCUGAAGGAAAAGCUUGCCAAGAAGGAGAAGCUAGACCAGCAGGUGCAGCGCAUGCAGCAGCUCAACGAUCAGCUCAUCCGAGCAGAAAAAGAAAAAGAAGAGAUUGUGCGGGAGGUGAAGAGCCUGGAUGCCAGCAGCAUCAACCAGUCGGCUGUCCUGCUGUCACUGGACCGCUCCCUGGGAGAGGAGCUGAAGACUGAGAGCACCAGAACGCAGCAGCAGAGUGCGGAAAUGGACAGCCUCAGCGCACAGGAGCAGCACUUCAGGUCGGAAAUCCGGCAGCUGAAGGAGCGCGUCAGAUCGGCAGAGGCGGAGGUGGAGAAGUCUCGUCGGCAAGCGGGCCCGCUCAUCAAGGCUGAGAGCCAGGAGGGCCACACCACGGCCAUGCUGCAGGAGAAGCUCAAGACCAGGACUGGCAACUCGAGGGCUGCUCGCGCCAAAGACAUGGCGCAGAGGGAGCAGCAGCGAAUGCUCAGCAAGCAGGGUGAGCUGGCACGCAUGAACUUUGCCAUCGGAAACAGCUCCAUCCUCCUGGAGAAGGAGAAGGGUGAACUGGAGGCAGAGCGUUUGCAUGCCGAAGACAUCACCAAGGAGGCGAGUCGCCUGACGGACCAGCUGGCCACCAAGGAGGAUCAGCUGAAGAGCAGCCAUCGCUCGCUCGGCAGCCUCAGCGGCGAGCUUGCCAGGAAGCAGCACGAGACGGAAUCCGUGCAUGAAGCAGCCGCUACGCUCAAGGACUUUGUUGACAAGGAUGCCUCGGUGGGCAGCCAGAAGGUGACAGCUCUCAUGCAGCAGCUGCACACAAAGGAGGCCAAGGUUGAUGCGCUGCAGAAGGAGGUGACCAAAGGCGAAACCGAAGUCAAGGAUGUCAUGUCAAAGAUCAAGGCGUCCUUGAACCAAUCCAAGGAGAUGCUCAACAAAACCAGCAAGCUAGUUCUGCUGCAAGAGAGCGAAAGCAAGGCCAACUCAACUGCUGUCGCUGACCUGAUCAAGGCAGCAGAGAAGGAGAAUCAAGAUGAACAAAGGGCCUUGGACAUCAAGCUGAAGGAGGUGCAAGCCGAGGAGGCGGAACAAGAAUCCUUGGAGCUCAAGGAGUACCAGCAAAAGCACAACACAGCCUCAGCUCAAGCCCAGCGCAGCUUCGCCUUGGCGCGGCUCAGGGCGCAGAAGCACCAGAUGGAGCAGCAGUCCAAAAAAUACGGCACCAUCCGGUCCCGAUUGACCUCGGAGAUCAGCAGCCUCAAGACAGGGGCCAAGGAGUACAUCCGCCGGGCUGCAACGGAACUCAAUGCUUUGCACAACGCCAUCUCUAAAGUUCGCGCCGGCGAAACUGUGAAGGUGGCGAAGGUGAACAAGCAAAUGUCGGCCGCAGACCUGGGGAGUUGCAUCUAA